CAUCAUUAUUUUGUUUGCAUCAACUUUCAACUACCUCAUUUACAACUGCAUCUCCUUUAUUGCUAUAAAAUUUUGAGUAUCCAAGCACAUCGCAUGUCUCAUUUUCCAAUCCAACCAUUCUUUGAAUACGAAUUGCACACAAGUGCAGGUUUCACGGCAAAGGAAAAUGAAGGCUUUUGCAGCGAAGGUUGAGGAAGGAGGAGAAGGGCAAAAUGGGGUGCUAUCUAUUGGUCCAGUGUACCGUAACCUCCUUUCCAAACGUGACUUUCCUCCAAUGGAUCCUGAUUUUAGCACCACUUGGGAUAUUUUCUGUGUGUCUGUCAAAAAUAAUCCUCGUAACCGGAUGCUGGGAUGGCGGAAAAUUGUCGAAGGAAAGUUUGGACCAUAUUUGUGGAAGACAUACAAGGAAGUUUAUGAUGAAGUUCUGAAUAUUGGUUCUGCUUUACUAGCAUCUGGUGCCGAACCUGGCUCUAAAAUUGGAAUUUAUGGAUCUAAUUGCCCACAAUGGAUUGUGGCAAUGGAGGCUUGUUCUGCGCAAAGCUUUGUUUGUGUGCCUCUCUAUGACACACUUGGGCCUGGUGCUGUAGAUUUUAUAGUAGAUCAUGCAGAAGUAGAUUUUGCUUUCGUCCAAGAUAAGAAGGUUAAAGAGCUUUUGAAUCCUGAUUGUAAAUCCUCUAAGCGACUAAAAGCCAUGGUGUGCUUCACUUCAUUAACAGAGGAAGAAAAAGAAAAAGCUGUAGCACUUGGAAUUAAGCCAUAUUCGUGGGAUGAGUUCUUGAACUUGGGAAAAGAAAAUCCCAAAAGCACUUUUCCCCCUCGGGCUAAUGACAUAUGUACAAUAAUGUAUACAAGUGGGACAAGUGGAGACCCUAAAGGUGUUGUUUUAACGCAUGAAAACAUAGUGGCUUUAGUAAGAGGAAUGGAUCUUUUCAUGGAACAAUUUGAAGACAAGAUGACAGGGGAUGAUGUGUAUUUAUCCUUCCUCCCCUUGGCUCAUAUUCUUGAUCGCACAAUUGAGGAGUAUUUUUUCCGUAAGGGUGCAUCUGUUGGGUACUAUCAUGGGGAUCUGAACGCUUUGAGGGAUGAUUUAAUGGAGCUAAAGCCAACAUUGUUUGCUGGUGUCCCAAGGGUUUUUGAAAAAGUGUAUGAAGGCAUCAAGAAAGCAGUGGAAGAUCUCAAUCCAAUAAGGAGAAAAGUUUUUGGCAUGCUCUACAACUACAAACUCGGUUGGAUGAACAAAGGAUAUAAACAGAGAGAUGCAUCACGUUUAGCGGAUCUAUUAGCCUUCAGAAAGGUGAAAGCUAGGCUAGGUGGUCGUGUUCGACUAAUAAUAUCCGGAGGUGCAGCUUUGAGCCCUGAGGUGGAAGAAUUCUUGCGUGUCACUACUUGUGCCUUUGUAUGCCAAGGCUAUGGUUUGACUGAAACAUGUGGACCAACUACUCUCGGUUUUCCUGAUGAAAUGUGCAUGGUUGGUACUGUUGGAGCUGUAUCUAUAUAUAAUGAAAUACGGCUAGAGGAGGUUCCAGAGAUGGGGUAUGAUCCUCUUGGAACUCCUCCAUGUGGUGAGAUAUGUGUGAGAGGGAAAACUGUUUUUACUGGGUACCACAAAAAUCCAGAGUUAACAAGGGAAGCCAUUAGAGAUGGAUGGUUUCACACAGGGGACAUAGGAGAAAUGUUGCCUAAUGGUGUUGUUAAGAUUAUUGACAGGAAGAAGAAUCUUGUUAAACUUUCUCAAGGAGAGUAUAUAGCACUGGAGCAUCUUGAAAAUAUUUAUGGAAUCACUCCCAUAGUUGAAGAUAUCUGGGUUUAUGGGAAUAGCUACAAGUCCAUGCUGGUCGCAGUAGUAGUUCCAAAUGAAGAAAUUACCAAUAAGUGGGCAUAUUCAAAUGGCCACAUAGCUCCUUUCUCCAAACUCUGCUCUCUGGACCAACUCAAGAAAUAUGUGCUAGCCGAGCUUCAGUCCACUGCUGAGAGAAAUAAGCUGAAGGGCUUUGAAUAUAUAAAAGGGGUCAUAUUAGAUCCACAGCCAUUUGACAUGGAAAGAGAAUUGGUGACUGCAACACUUAAGAAGAAAAGAAACAAACUGCUCAUGUAUUAUCAGGUGGAAAUAGAUGAACUAUACCAAAGUUUGACAGGAGAUAAGCGUAAAUUUUGAGGUUUCUGGACCUAUUCAAAUAGUUAUUUCCUUUUCAAACUCCCACCUAUAUCCUUCUAAAAGCUUGGUGCCGGUUAUGCUGCAGCUAGCAAGUGGAGAACGCAACUAUAUUUCUUGUCAAUUCUCAUAUGCUGUAAUACACUACAAGCUUGCUGAAUAUAAAAUCAAUUC